AUGGCCGAAAAGUACAAAAUUCUAGAAUGCAUUGGUCAUGGAAGCUUUGGCAGGAUUUACAAGGUUCAAAGGCUUUCUGACGGGCUACUACUAGCUCAAAAAGAGAUUCCUUUUGGAAAUAUAAGUAGACAAGAGAAGCAGCACAUUGCAGACGAAGUUAAUAUCCUUCGACAUUUGAAGCACCCAAAUAUCGUCCAGUACUGUGGCGAGGAAAUAAACAGACUUACUCAAGUAAUCAAUAUUUAUAUGGAAUAUUGUGACCGUGGAGAUCUAGCAAAGCACAUUGAAACCUAUAAAGAAGAAAAAAAGAGAUUUCCAGAGCAUCAAGUACUUCGCUUUUUUACACAACUUUUACUCGCCUUGUAUCGAUGUCAUUAUGGUAGAGAUGCUCCUGUUACGGAGAGCCAAUGGAUGAACGAAAGCCACAUUCCUAACCAGUCUGUCUUGCAUCGAGAUAUAAAACCUGCCAAUGUAUUCCUUGAUGAAGAUCAUUCGGUAAAGUUAGGAGAUUUUGGCUUAUCUAAAUUAUUGGAUAAUACCCGAACCCCGUAUUAUAUGUCACCCGAAAUAAUUCGAAAUAAUCCUUACAGUGCGAAAUCGGAUAUAUGGGCGCUUGGAUGCGUCAUGUUUGAAGUAUGUAUGCUUAGCCAUCCAUUUGAAGGAAGAUCUUAUCUGGAGUUGCAAAAGAACAUUUGCCAAGGAAACCUCUCCCACUGGGAUCGUUAUUACAGUGAUGAUCUCUAUCAAUUGAUUCGGCAUUGUUUGGAAAUUGACUGUGAUGUACGCCCCACUACAUUUCAACUAUUGUCUUCUCCUGCGUUAAUGGACAUUAGAAAGCAACUAGAGACAGAACGUUUGAUGAAGGAUCAAUUCAAACUUCUCCGGAAAAAGCAACAAUCCUUGAACCAACGAGAAAGCGAGAUUACUCUUCGAGAGCAACAGCUGGCUGCCCGCGAAAGCGAACUCGGUAAUUACAUUGCUGCCAAUUUGGCGCAACAAGAAGAGGCUCUGCGUCGUGACAUGGAAAAACAAUUAAGGGAGGUAGACAAUCGCUACCAACGAUAUGUACAGCAAAUGGUGGGGUCUAUGCAGCACAUGCAGAUAUCAAAUCCUCAAACCGAUGGUCUGGCUGAAGCAGCCAAUGCAUCUGCGAUGGAGAUGGUUAUGGACACAGCCAUUGAAACAACGGCCAUUCAAGAACCGAAAUUGAGCAUGAGUCAAGUAGUAUGUACAGAGCUAGCGCCCUCUUUUGCACCAAAGAAACCGAUGUUACCGAUCACUGAAGCACCUAGUGUGAAAAAGAAAGACAUGUCAUCACGGGCACUGCAGACGACUGCAACACUUAUGAAGCACGCGUAUAAACCGCGAAGCCCUAUCGAGAAAAAGUCUGCAUCGCUUCGUGAUCGACAUGAUGUCAACCAUGUGAUGGAUUCAAUGGCGAAAUUACUUGAUAGUUCUUUACAAUGCAAAAGCAAAACUCAGGAACAAAAGAAUGAUGAUUUACAUGAGAUUUUGCGAACGCGACGAAAAACAAGCAAGGGAAUCUUCGACAAGGAGCAAUCAACGACGGCGGUACUUCCCGGGUCACUUCCGGGGCAUGUUUUUGAAGAAAAUAGGCAGAAAACGAAGCAUGACUCUUUGGAUUUUCGAUAUAUUGAAAAGUUAGAAAAGUUGAAUUUGCAGUAUCCGAGCAUUAGCAAGCAGCCAUCCAAAGUUGCCAAAACUCUGCAUGGCAAGUCUGGUUACUCAACGGAGCAAGAGCCGAUAGUCAAUGAAAACAGAAAAAGUAGAAGAGACACGCAAAAUGUGUAUGAUAUGGAGGAACCAUCCAUAAACGGAGAAGAAUACACGAUUCAAAUGCCCAAAAAACUGCAAUUGCUAGAAGGACAAAAGCGGUCACCAGUCAAGCAAUUGGCACGAUUGAACUACAACAAAUUGAGACGUUCAGGAAUGGAUAGACCUACGUAUAAUUGGGAAGGAGAGGAUUUGUCAGGACAACUAAUGAAAAAGACUUGGAAUUCUCGAAUGAUGCAAGCAUGA